GGGGAAGGCGACUGCGGCUGGAAGGCCUCCGGGCCUCGAGCGCGCAUGCGCAUCCCGCCCUCUGUCCACGCCUUCCGCGCGUGGACGCUGCCGCCGUCUCUGCCGCGGCGACCUGGAAGCGGAAUGCGGCGGAGGAAGGUCGCGCGGCCGCCGGAGGGCUGCUGAGCAUCAAUGUAUUUCAGAUGGCAGCUAUGAGCCUUUUUCUUCCCUGUCUAACUAAUGUUCAUGGGUUGUAGUGUACGUCGAAUAAAAAUUCCAAGUGGUUCACUGGUGUAUGAAUAAUGGACUCCCUGGAUCAUAUGCUCACUGAUCCAUUGGAACUGGGGCCAACUGGGGAAGGACAUGGCACCCAAAUUAUGGAGGAUUGCAUGCUGGGAUCCAUACGCAUUAGCCUUCCUGAAGAUCUUUUGGAAGAUCCUGAGAUCUUUUUUGAAGUUGUCAGUCUUUCAACCUGGCAGGAUGUGUUGGUGGAUUCACAGCGAGAACAUUUAAAAAAGUUUUUGCCCCGCUUCCCGGAAAACAAUCACGAAUACCAGAACAAUCUUAUCCUGUCCCUAUUUAAUGGAGAGAACUUCAGAUUUGGAAACCCACUUCAUAUUGCCCAAAAACUCUUCCGAGAUGGACAUUUCAAUCCUGAAGUGGUGAAGUACAGACAGCUUUGCUUCAAGUCCCAGUAUAAGCGCUAUCUCAGUUCCCAGCAGCAGUAUUUUUAUCGAUUGCUGAAACAGAUUCUUGCCUCCCGGAAUCAUCUGUUAGAACUCGCUAGGAAGGGGGGAUCGGAUCUGGCCGUGAAGAGAAAAUACUCAGCAGCUGCUUACGCUGCUGAAGAACGAGAUAGGCGAACACAUCGUCGAUACCUUAAAAUCCUCAGGGAAGUUAAAGAAGAAUGUGGGGACACCACCCUAUCCUCAGAUGAAGAAGAUUUGAGUUCCUGGAUUCCAGGUUCUCCAGCCCAUUGUUCAAGUCCUGCUGUUCCUCUCAGAGUGAUACCCACAUUAUCAACCCAAGACAUGAAAACAGCAGAUAAACUUGAUUUCGGUGAGAAUAGCUUGAAGAUGAUGCUGAAGACACACCAUGAAAAGCGCAAGCGGCAGCCAAAUCACCCUGAUUUGAUGACAGGGGACUUGACUCUGAAUGACAUCAUGACACGUGUGAAUGCUGGCAGGAAAGGAUCUUUGGCAGCCUUGUUUGACCUUGCUGUCCUCAAAAAGAAGGUGAAGGAAAAGGAGGAGAAAAAGAAAAAGAAGCUAAAAGUGAUUAAAUCUGAGGCUGAAGAUUUCUCUGAAUCUCUUGGCAACUCAGAAGGAAUCCAUCCUGUUUCUCAAAAUCCCUCCCCCAUUCCUCCCCUGUGGGAUCCCCCAUCCCUCCCAUCUGUUAAAGAAGAGCCUCUUGAAGACAUCAAGCCAUGUCUUGGAGUGAAUGAAAUCUCUUCCAGCUUCUUUUCUCUACUUCUCGAGAUCCUGUUGUUAGAGGGUCCUGCUAGUCUCUCAAUGCUUGAAGAUAAAGUGAUGGACUGGCAGUCUUCUCCUGCCAGCACAUUAAACAGCUGGUUCUCCUUUGCCCCCAACUGGUCAGAACUGGUUUUACCUGCCUUGCAAUAUCUCACUGGAGUCAGCAGAGAUGCUUCUUCCAGCUUUUCUCCUUUUGUUGAAUUCAAGGAAAAAACUCAACAUUGGAAACUGAUAGGCUCUUCCCAAGACCAUGAGAAGGAGCUAGCAGCUCUCUUCCAACUUUGGUUGGAGACGAAAGACCAAGCUUUCUUCAAGGACAACGAAGAUAGUUCAGAUGCUACCACACCAGUCCCCCGAGUAAGGACAGACUAUAUAGUCCGGCCUAGCACUGGAGAAGAGAAACGUGUUUUCCAGGAACAGGAGCGUUAUCGAUACAGCCAACCUCACAAAGCGUUCACUUUCUGUAUGCAUGGCUUUGAAUCAGUGGUGGGUCCUGUGAAAGGAGUGUUUGAUAAGGAAACAUCUCUAAACAAACCCCGGGAACAUUCUUUGUUGCGAUCUGAUCGACCUGCAUAUGUCACCAUAUUGUCUCUUGUUCGAGAUGCUGCAGCCCGUCUUCCAAAUGGAGAGGGGACUCGUGCUGAAAUUUGCGAGCUUCUGAAGGACUCCCAGUUUCUUGCUCCUGAUGUCACCAGUGCUCAGGUUAACACUGUGGUGAGUGGUGCUUUAGAUCGAUUGCACUAUGAGAAAGACCCCUGUGUAAAAUACGAUAUUGGUCGCAAACUGUGGAUAUAUCUCCACCGAGACAGGAGUGAAGAGGAGUUUGAGCGGAUUCAUCAGGCCCAGGCAGCUGCAGCAAAGGCCAAGAAAGCACUUCAGCAGAAGCCGAAGCCUCCUGCAAAGACAAAAUCAAGCACCAAGGAGAGUUCGGCGAAAGUGGGGACCGCCAGCACUUCAGAGCCCAGCCAGCUGAGCGUUAGUGACUCCAGCAUGCCGCCAACCCCUGUAACUCCAGCGACACCUGCCUCGCUCCCUUUGCCAGCCAUUCCCAUUUCGCCCCCUCCUGUCUCUGUGGUUAGCAAGACUUUGUCUUGUGUUGCAGCAGAGCCAGCAAAAUCCAACCAGAGCAUCCUUUUGGUAUCUUCUCCUACCAUGCCCCAGCUUGGUACGUUGCUCUCGACCCCACAGAGCACUCAGGCACAGCCGGGAACUCAGUUGUCUACCCCACGGACAGCUAGCCACACUACUUCCUCAGGUCUUCCUCAAGUCCGAGUAGUUACAGCUCCGUCUAGCCUUCCCCCUCUGUCUCAGCCCGCCCAGGUGGUAGCACAACAGCAGCUCUCUCUAGCAUCCAUACCUCAGAUCCGGGUUCCUUCCACUUCUGUGCAAAGCAAAGUAUUCUCUCAGGCCGUCAUGACUGUUCCAGUCAAAGCUCAGACCAGCCCAGUCCAAGUGCAGAGGACAACUGUUGCUGUAACUGGAGCAGCCAGUGUCACUGGGACAGGAAUUCCUGCAACGCCUAUUCCCACCCCCAAGCCAGCAACUAGUUCUUCAAACACUACAGCAUCCAACCCUUCCACUACUCCAUUCUCUCCUUCUUCUUCUUCCUCCUCCUCCUCCUCCUCCUCCUCCUCUUUAUCGUCUUCCUCUUCAUCCACCACUGUCCUCCAGAACAUUGCUGGCCAAAAUAUCAUUAAACAGGUGUCUAUUACUGGACAGCUCGGCAUGAAAAGCCAGACAGGGAGCAGCCUCCCACUUACAACAUCCAACUUCCGUAUUCAAGGCAAGGAUGUUCUGCGUCUGCCUCCAUCCUCCAUCACCACAGAUGCCAAGGGGCAGACAGUUCUCCGCAUCACACCGGACAUGAUGGCCACCUUGGCCAAAUCUCAAGUCACUACUGUCAAGCUGACUCAAGACCUCUUCAGCACGGCUGCUGCUGCUGGAAGCAGCCCUGCAGGGAAGGGCAUCUGCGCCACUUUGCGUGUGACGUCAAGCCCCAUCCAAUCCUCGGACUCUCCCGCCAAGAUCAGCACCCCCACCUCCGCUUCAGCCAGUCCCGCCGGACCAACCGUGGUCAAAGUCACACCCGACUUGAAGACAGUGGAGUCUGCCGGUUCCGCCUUCCGACUGAUGCCUGCUCUAGGCAUGUCCAUGGCAGACCAGAAGGGCAAAGCCUUGACCACGAUGGCAUCCUCGGAAGCCAAACCAGCGGCCACCAUAAGGAUUGUGCAGGGCAUGGGGGUGAUGCCUCCCAAGCCUGGCCAGACGAUUACAGUGGCCACUCAUGCCAAGCAGAUGCCUUCUGCGGUCAGCAUACCUGGAACUGUGCACACCUCGGCUGUUUCUUUGCCCACCAUGACGGCUUCGGUCUCCAAGGCGGUCGCUGUGGUGUCAGCAGCAGGAACACCCAUAUCUAUAGGAGCAGGGACCUCUACUGUGCGGCAGGUCCCCGUGACCACCACAGUGGUAUCCGCCUCCCAGCCAGGGAAACUGCCUGCCCGGAUCACCGUGCCCCUCUCGGUCAUCAGCCAGCCCGUGAAAGGCAAGAACGUCGUGACUGCGCCUCUCCUCAAAGGCAGCCUUGGGGCCAACAUUAGCGGCUUGGGGCGAAACAUCAUCCUUACCACGAUGCCAGCUGGAACGAAACUGAUUGCUGGGAACAAACCAGUGAGCUUCCUGACUGCCCAGCAGCUGCAGCAGCUGCAGCAACAAGGCCAGGCUGCCCAGGUGCGGAUUCAAACCGUUCCAGCUUCCCAUCUCCAGCAAGGAACCGUCUCUGGCUCUACAAAAGCGGUGUCCACCGUAGUUGUCACAGCAGCCCCAUCUCCAAAACAGACACAGGAUCAGCCAUGAAAGUGUCAGCACAAAUGUGUGUGUGUGUGUGUGUGUGUUUAGGUCUUUGGUUGUUCGGGUUUUCUCCCGCAUAAAGUUGGAAGUGUCUUGGUGACGUUUCGACGAAGUCCCAUUCGUCAUCUUCAG